CCCUCGCGGCAUUUGUGCACUUGUGUGGGUGUGUGUGUGUGUCCGUGGGGCAUAUGGAGUAGGUCACACUCUGGAUUCAGGGCGAAACAGUCUGGAGAAUUAUAUAUAUAAGAGAUAUUGCCAUGAGAGUUGAACAAGAAUUUGAACAUGGGGAAACGUCUGAAAACUCGAGCCAAAUGCUACUUAACCAGCUCAGAGAGAUUACUGGCAUUCAGGAUCCGCAGGUUCUCCAGAGCGCCCUGAACGCCGGUCAAGGUGACAUCAGCCAUGCUGUUGGGCUCCUGACCACUCAGCCCCCAGAAGAGAAGCACAUGCCUGAACAAACCACCACAGCCAAUAAUGAGAAGAACACCUCCAAUGCACAGAACGGACCUGCUAAAGAUGAUCUGCAGACCGCCAUCGAGCUGAGCCUCCAGGAGUCACAGCAGGCCGAAGCAGAGCAGAGAGAGCUCCACAGGGCUCUGGAGGUCAGCGCAGAGGAGAACGCGGCCCGUAUAAAGAGGAAGAGGUGUGAGGGGUCUGGAGAGAGCUGCAGUCCUGCUGACUGGAUCCGGCAGGAGGACUGUCCGGUGGGCAUCCGAAAUGUAGGAAACACCUGCUGGUUCAGUGCUGUCAUUCAGUCUCUGUUCCACCUGCCAGUCUUUCGUAGGCUGGUUCUCAACUACUGUCUGUCUGAGCGUGUUCUGGAGAAAUGCAAGAGUCAUUCAGAGAAAAGAAACAUUGCCUUCAUGCAGGAGUUGCGAUGUUUGUUUGCUCUGAUGGUCGGCUCCAACCGCAGGUUUGUCGACCCGUCUGCAGCAGUGGAGCUUCUCAGGGACGCGUUCAGAACCAGCGAGGCACAACAGGAUGUCAGUGAAUUCACACACAAGUUGCUUGACUGGCUGGAGGACGCCUUCCAGCUGGCUGCUAAUGGAACUAACCCAGAGGAUAAACAAAACAACCCCAUGGUCCAGCUGUUUUAUGGCACAUUUGUGGCUGAGAGGCUACAUGAAGGAAAGAUUGUGUCUAACAUCGAGCAAUUCGGACAAUACCCUCUUCAAGUGAACGGCUUCAAUAAUUUAGAUGAAUGUUUGGAGGGUGCAAUGGUUGAGGGAGAGAUUGAGUCUCUUCAUUCAGAUCAGACACUCUCCUCCGGCCAAGAGAGGUGGUUUUCCAAGCUGCCGCCAGUCUUGACCUUUGAGCUGUCCAGAUUUGAGUUCAAUCAGUCUUUGGGGCGUCCCGAAAAAAUACACAAAAAACUGGAGUUUCCCCAAGUGAUCUACAUGGACAGAUACCUCCACAAAAAUGUCAAUCAGACCCACGGCAGGAGAGGAGAGGUGAAGAGACUCAAGGACCAGUUAACACUUCUACAGCAGAAGCUUGAGGGAUAUAAAAACUACGGCUCAGGGCCAGCCAAAUACCCUUUGGCAGACAUGCUGCAGUAUGUCCUAGAGUUUGCCACCACAAAACCCUCAAAUCCAGCUUCACCAGUACCUACAAACCCUCCUAUAAACACAGAUCCCAGCUCAGGUGACAGCAGUCAAACAGAAGCAGAUGAUGCCGGCUCGUCAGAUGGUUCGGGCUGCCCGCCGACAGCGACGCAGAGAACGCCCAUCCACAAGCCUUUUACUCAGUGCAGACCCCCUAUGGAGGUGCCAGUGCAGCCGGCGCCACACAGCGUGAGCGAGGAGGAGCUGCACUUCAUCAGGAGCUGCUUACAGCGCUGGAGAGCUGAAGUGGAGAACACUAUAAGUGAGCUGAAAGCCAGCAUUGACAAGGUCAGCCAGGCCCUGGAGGGCAUGUACUCAGAUAACAGUCUGUGUCAGGUGCCCUAUAGACUGCACGCUGUGCUUGUCCACGAAGGACAGGCCUCCGCUGGACAUUACUGGGCCUAUAUUUAUGAUCACGCUCAAAGACGCUGGCUGAAGUAUAAUGAUGUAAUGGUGGCGGAGUCGACCUGGGAAGAGCUUGUUCGAGACUCAUACGGUGGCAUGACCAACGCCAGCGCCUACUGCCUCAUGUACAUCAAUGACAAUCUGCCGUACCUCAUAGCAGAGGACACAGACGUUGAAACCGGGCAGGUUCUGAAAGGAAUGGACUCCCUCCCGUCAGUCCUGAGGCGUUACGUUCGGGAAGACAACCGCUGGUUCCAGCAGGAGCUGAGAGAAUGGGAAGAGCAGUUUUGUCAGGCCCAACGGGACGAAACACCAGUGCAAACAAACACAUCCACCAGCACAGAGCAACCCAUCCCAGAGGAGCCACAAAACCCAGAGCCAGAACCAACUCAAGAACAAACCAAUGAAGACACUGAAGAACCACCAGCAGAUUCGACACCAGCACCUGUCCAAGAAUCCGAAGAGCCCACAGUCAAUCCUCUCAACCCGAUAUCACCAGAGACCAGUGAGAAUGAGGAGCAGAUCACUGCGAGCCAAACUCAGGAUCAGCCAGAGGAAGAGAAGCCAGAUCAGAGUCAGUCGGUUUCUGCAAGUGGACCUGAGACAGAAACUGAUGAGGAAGAGCAGGUCAUCAGUGCUGAAGGAGGAGCAGAGGCAGAAGCAGAUGCACAGACUGAGCCAGAAGCCUCGUCCACUGAAGAAAACACAGCUGAAGACCCAAACACCCAGCCUGAAAAUGAGGUUUCUGAAGUCGAGAUUCCCAAUGUAGGCAAGAUUCUGGUGCGCUCUGACACCGAUGGCUACAAUGAGGAGAUGAUGUUAACACCAGCCAUGCAGGGUGUCAUUUUUGCCAUUGCCAAGGCAAGAGAAGCCUUUGAUAAAGAUGGACCUGAAGCAGGACUCAUCAAGGCGUUUCAUGAGGAGUAUUUGAGACUGUAUGAACUGUCUCAGGAAGAGACCACACCGCAGCAGGACCCUCGGCUCCAGCAUGUGCUGGUCUACCUUUUUCAAAACAAGGCCCCUGAGCGAGUUAUUGAAAGGACGUUGCUGGAGCAGUUUGGUGAUCGUAACCUGAGCUUCGAUGAUCGGGCCGUCAGCAUCAUGAGAGAGGCCAGAUCCAAACUUCGACUCAUUAGACCAGAAGAUAUGGACAUGGAUGAGUAUUUGCAAUGGCAUGAUGACUACAGCAUGUUCAAGACAGUGUUCGCCUACCUGUUGACAGGUCUCGAGCAAUACCAGAAUGGAAAGAUAAGAGAAGCUCUGAUUUAUCUGGCACAUGCACAUCAGGACAACUCAGCCCUGCUCAUGAAAGGAGAGAGGAAAGGAGUGGACCAGUCACUUAUUGCACUUUACAGGAGGAAGUGUCUGAAAGAGCUGAAUGAGAAGGCAGCCACACUGUUUAAAAGUCAGGAUGAAAGUGACGUGACGGAGGGAGAGAGCAUCAUGAACGAGUGUGUGAUCCCUUGCAUGCACCUCAUGGUCCGAGACAGUGUCAGCCAAGAGGACCUGGAUGUCAUCGAACUGAUCAGGAAUUGCUGGUGCUCCUACCUGGGGCAGGACAUGGAUGAUUCUCUUCAAGAAAAGCUCAGUGAGUUCCUGCCCAGAGUCCUGGACUGCUCUGCAGAACGAGUAGUGCUGAAGGAGCCCCCUAAAGUGAGGAAGUCCCCUCACGAUCUGUGCAGUCGCCUGGCAGCAGUCAUGGAGUCCAUUCACAGCGCCUCCGUCGUCAUCGUGAAGUGAAGCUUUAAAAAAACAACACCACGCUACAGUCACAAGGUGAUCUAAACCAAAGCCUCGGCCUGAGCUGGAUUUUAGUCUGCUGCACAAUAACGCUUUCAAGCACGCUACGACACACACACACUCACUGUGCUUUCAAUUCCUUGAAGAGAAAUUGAUUAGCUGCUCUAGACGUUUGAUCUCAGGAAAGAUCAAAUAGAUGAUGUUUGAAAAGAGGGCAGUGAAGGCUGAGUUUGUACCCUCAUCUUCUUUUCACGUCAGCUGUAGACACAUAGCGUGAAAAUAGUCUUUUAUUGAGAUUUGCAGAAGCCACUUUAUUUCAGUCUACACUUAGCUGAAGAUCCUCUAUGUAUUCUUUCUUUGUACAGUAAGCUUGUCUGAUUUUCCACUCCAUUGUUUGACCCCUUUACCUUUCAGUGUUCUAUCUUUCAAUAAAAUUUUGAUUUCUGA